AUGUUUGAGAACGGAAGUGGAUCCUUCUCAACAACCACAAAGGUCAACCCAAGAGAAAAAUGUAAGGAAGUUACAACUAGGAGGGGGGCAGUGGUCGGUUUGAAGGAUGAAAGUGAGUAUAGUGAGAAAAAGACAAAUGAAGGAGUUGUAAAAAUGAGUGAUGCAAAAGAAGUAGUCGAAAAAGAGCAAAAAAAUGAAGUAUUAGCUAAAGAGGAAGAGAAGGAAAUAAGUGAAGUGGAGAAGCAAAAAUUGAAGAAAACAACGUCUAACAAAGGCAAAGUUGUAAUAGAUCAUCCAGCAAUUCAACAUCUUCCUUAUCCACAUGCUCCAUCAAAAAAGGAUAAAGAAAAGCAGUACUCACGUUUUUUAGAUAUUUUUAAGAAACUGCAGAUUAACAUUCCCUUUACAGAAGCAUUAGAGCAAAUGCCAACAUAUGCCAAAUUCAUGAAAGAAUUUCUUACAAAGAAAAGGAGAACCACGGAUGAUGAAAUGGUAGAGCUAGAAGUAGGAUGCAGUGCAAUCAUCCAAAAAUCCAUUCCAGAAAAAUCACAAGAUCCCAGUAGUUUCACAAUUCCUGUGACUAUUGGGAGAUUAUCGGUGGGCAGAGCACUUCUUGAUUUAGGUGCAAACAUCUACCUCAUGCUCUUAUCCAUGAUCAAACACAUCAGAGAAGUUGAAAUUAGACCCACAAGAAUAGCUUUGCAACUAGCUGACAAAACUAUCAAGCAUCCUUAUGGUAUUAUUGAAGAUGUAUUGGUGAAAGUCAACAAAUUUCUCUUUCCAGUCGACUUCGUGGUGAUGGACAUGGAUGAAGACAAUGAAGUUCCAUUAAUUCUUGGCAGACCUUUCAUGAAGAUUUCCAAAGUAAUAAUUGAUGUUGACGAUGCAAAACUCACUGUCAGAGUCCAAGGUGGUGAAGUGCAAUUUAAUGUCUUUGAAGCCAUGAAGCACCCGAAAGAUAAAGGGGAGUGUUUUUGA